AACAGCCUCUUAAAUAAUUAGCCCCAAAAAAUCAUUAAUUUCAAAUAAAAGAGAUAAAAAUAAUGGGGGUGAAGAAACUAGCUAUUGCUAGUGUUGCUUCAAUUCUUCUAGUGGCUUGUGUGGUGGCUGCAGCCAUCUCAUUUACCAAGAAGAAUGAAGAUAAGUCAUCAAAUUCUACUGAUUCUCGUCUUUCAACUUCUACUAAGUCUGUCCAAGCUAUUUGCCAACCCACUGAUUACAAAGAAACUUGUGAAAAAAGUCUUGCCAAUGCUAAAAACAUCAACGAUCCGAAAGAACUUAUUAAAGUGGCGUUUAACGCCACAAUCAACGAUCUCUCUGACGUUAUAAAAAAUUCUGCCUCAUUAAUCGAUGAAGCUAAAAAAGAUCCUAGGACAAAAGACGCGUUACAAACGUGCCAAGGUCUUGUUGAUGUUGCAAUUGAUGAUCUUACGAGGUCUUUUGACAAAUUCGACAAAUUUGAGGUCAGUAAAAUCAAGGAUUAUACCGAUGACCUAAAAACGUGGCUCAGUAGCGCCAUUACUUAUCAAGAAACAUGUUUGGACGCUUUUGAGAACACGACUGGUGAUACUGGUGAGAAAAUGAAAAAACUUUUGAAAAAUGCAGGGGAACUCACGAGCAAUGGUUUAGCUAUGGUUUCGAGUUUUGGUGAAGUUGUAGCCAACUUGAAUAUCCCUGGUGUAAACCGACGAUUAUUAGACGCCCACGAAAGGAUGCUCUCUGAUUCCCUUAAGCCAAAUGUUGUAGUUGCAAUUGAUGGAAGUGGACAAUAUAAGAGUAUAAAUGAGGCACUUAAUGCUGUUCCUAAAAUGAAUACUCAAAGAUAUGUCAUUUUUAUCAAGGCUGGUGUAUACAAUGAGCAUGUUGAAAUUCCAAGGAAAAUGAACAACAUUGUAUUUAUUGGUGAAGGCCCAACCAAGACUAAAAUUACUGGUAGCUUGAACUAUGCUGAUGGCACUGGCACUUUUAAAACCGCCACAUUUGCUGUCAAUGGAGAUUAUUUCAUGGCUAAAGAUAUCGGAUUCGAGAACACAGCAGGACCAGUGAAGCACCAAGCCGUAGCACUUCGUGUCUCAGGCGAUAUGGCCAUUUUCCACAACUGUCAAAUCGAUGGUUAUCAAGACACACUAUACGUCCACUCCUAUCGCCAAUUCUUCCGCGACUGCACCAUUACAGGAACCAUAGAUUUCAUCUUUGGUGACGCUGCAGCCGUUUUCCAAAACUGCAAAAUGAUAGUAAGAAAACCAAUGGAUAAUCAAGCUUGCAUGGUAACAGCACAAGGCAGAAAAGAUCAUCGGGGAGUCGGUGGAAUAGUCAUGCAAAAUUGUCAAAUAAAGGCCGAACAAGGUUUUCUUGCUGCUCAACCACCAAUUAAAGCAUAUUUAGGACGACCAUGGAAAGAAUUUUCAAGAACAAUAAUUAUGCAAUCUGAAAUUGAUGGGUUUAUUGCACCAGAAGGAUGGUCACCUUGGGUUGGUAAUUUUGCACUUGACACUUUGUUUUAUGCUGAGUAUCAAAAUAGAGGUCCAGGAUCAAUUACAUAUAGUAGGGUUAAUUGGAAAGGUUACCAAAAGACAAUUGCACCUCAGGUUGCUGCACAAUUUACUCCUGGUGUGUUUAUUAUGGGUGAUGAAUGGGUUAAGUUGAGUGGGGUACCAUAUGAACCUGGCAUGAUUAGGGUUUAAUUUAAUUCUAUUUUGGAUAUGAUUUGUAAUAUUUAAGAAAAAUUUCUUCUCCAAUAAAACAUUCAUUUUGUUGGACUA